AUGGCUGAUAUGCACUCUACGGACCCCUCGAAUGGGGGUUUAACUCUCGCCAUCAUAGGCUGCGGAACUAUGGGCUCGGCCAUUCUAGCCGGCGUCAUUAAGUCAUUUACGCGCACCCAAUCUGCCGGGACAGAGCCAAGGAUUAAACACUUCAUCGCUACCGUGAAUAGCCUUGAAUCCGAGGAAGCAUUACGGACACGGUUCAUGGAAUCGCAAGAUCGUUUGGAAGUCCUCCACAGCGAUAAUGCCUCCGCGAUGAGAAGUGCGGACAUCAUAUUGUUGGCAUGUAAACCCUACAUGGCAGACACGGUUCUCAAAGCCGAGGGCGUGCGGGAAGCUGUCGAGGGGAAAUUGAUUAUCAGUGUGCUUGUUGGGUCGCCUGUUGCCAAACUGGAAAGCGCUAUUUAUCAUUCUGGUCUCAGAAAAAAAAGUGAAAAGCCAGUGUAUAUCAAAAGAGUGAUGUUGAAUAUUGCUGCUGAGCUGGGGGAGUCGAUGUCCGUCAUCGAGGUGACCUCCAUGCCCAAGCAUAUGGAAGAAAUCACGGAUUGGAUCUUCCUCCAGGUUGGCAAAACCGCCGCCGUGGCCCCGGAGAACUUUGACAUUGCAGGUGUCACGGCUGGCGUUUCAAGCGCAUUUCUAUCUGUUGCUUUAGAUGGGAUCUUAGAUGGCGCCGUAAGCCAGGGACUGAAGCGUGCCGAUGCUAGAAAGAUGGUAACGCAAUCUCUACUCUCCCUUGCUAGAUUACUGGAAAAUGGUGAGCAUCCUGCUGUUCUGCGGGAGAGAUGCGCCAGUCCGAAAGGUACAACUAUCGAUGGCUUGCUGUCGUUAGAAGAAGAUCGUGCGAGGUACGCAUUUAGCAAGGCGGUCAUCGCGAGUUCGAAACGAAGUCAUGAAAUCGGAAAUUGA